AUUAAUUCCAGGUGAAAACUGCCUAGAAUGGAGAGCAGCGAGGUCAUAUCAACUGACAAAGCUACAGUUAUCAUCCAAGUCAAUCCACAGGUGGCACAACAUGGUGUUAUUUCUGAAGAUGGACAGCAGACCGGAGGAGCAUAUCACAAUACAGCUCUCUCAGCAUUUAUCAGAGCACAACCAAAGGCACUGGGGACCGUCCAGAUAAUGACUGGAGUGAUGAUUUUCCUAUUUGGUAUUGUACGCACCAUUGCCUAUGAUUACCGUUACCCUAUUUCUGUUAUUUCUGGCAUAACCUUCUGGGGAUCCCUUAUUUACAUCAGUGCUGGCUCGCUGUCUGUUUCUGCGCAGAAUAAACUUCAUCUGUGUGUGGUGAAAGGCUCUCUUAUAAUGAAUGUGAUCAGUGCCAUAACUGCAGCGACCGCCAUUUUUCUGAUGAGCAUCGACAUUCACAACUUGUUAAUGUAUGAAUGCUACAGUUAUGAAUACAGGUGCAAAUUGAAGUUCAUCAUCUCCAUCUUUAUCUCAGGAUUUGCCUGCAAAGCCACCAGCAACACAGACUCUACAGUGAUAAAUGUGGCACUUAACAAGGGAAACUGA